AUACAUAGAUAGAGAGACACACUCCGUUACCAAUUGUGCGUGUUUUCCCUGCGCUUAUUAAUAUUAUUAUUAUUAAUAUUAAUAAUUAUCAUUCGGCCUCCGUGCUGUUUGUGUGUGAUCGGAUCCUCCAGUGAUCCACCGGAUCAUAAAUCUUUGGAACAUCAAACCCUAACUUAGCAUUCUCCCUUCACUACCUUCUUUGAUUUCUUAUUUUUCCCCCAAUUUUGAUCCUCUUUUGUUGUUUCGAUUUCAUAUACACGAUCAACUUAUCCAUAUACAACCCUAAUUUACCCCUAUUUUGCCCUAAUUUUGUUCCGAUUUUGUGCUAAUUGUGUUUGAUUAACAAUCGUCUGUGAAAUAGGUUGAAUUUGAGGUGUGUUUUUGUUCGAAUAAAACCCUAUGGCUGCUACAAACGUUCAAUCUGGUGACGAUGCGUUAAACAGCCCUAGGGUUACGUCGCGGUGGAAUCAGGUGGUUCGAGGUGGCGCCGUUGAGUCGGAGCAUGUUAGUAACGCUUCUCCGGUGGUGGUGACGGCGGUUGAUUCUGCUCCGGCGGUGGCCGUUCCUGCUCCGGCGUCUCCGUCGUGGUCGCCGGUUCAUAGCGGUGGUUCUCCUGAUGAUUCCGGUACCGAAGGUCAGGGUGAUGGUUCUGAUAACAGUGGUGGUGGUGGUGCUAAGAAGCCUGUGUGGAAUAGGCCUUCUUCGAAUGGAGUUGUGGAUGGUUUUAGUCCGGUUAUGGGCGCCGCUUGGCCUGCGCUCGGUGAGUCGACUAAACCGAAUCUUAAAUCGUCGUCUACGGAGUCAUUAAAGACGCUUUCCGAUGGUUCCUUGUCGCCUGCAUUACAGGUUACAGGAAGCUCUUCACCGUCACAUAAACAGGCAAGUGCUGUUAAUAUGAAUUCUGCUUCAGCUACGAACCAUGUGGCGCCUUCCAGGCAGAGGCCAAUGAAGCGAGGCGGGGGCAAUUCUGGUGCAAAUGUUUCAGCUAAUGGGGUGGUUUCUCAGCAGCCAACGAGUCAGGAUUCGGUAGUGGAACCGCCGCAUAGUACAUCUGGGAAGGCGGGAAAUGCUGCUGAGCUGGCAUCUCCGAGAGACCAUGCGCAUAGGGAGCCACAAAAAGGAGGGUUUGUAUCGCAAUCUCACGGUGGUAAUGAUCACCAUCAUCAAAGGGGCUCGUAUAGAAGGGGAGGCGGUGGGCAACAUCCACGUGGAGAUGGUUCGUAUCAUCACAACUACGGAGGGAAACGCGAUCAUGAUCGUGGGAAUCAGGAAUGGAAUCAACACAGUAGAAGCUUUAACAACAGAGAUACACACUUGCAAUCUCAAAGGGGUUUCUCUAGGGGUUAUAUACGACCCUCUGUACAUACUACUGCCCCGUUUAUUCCUCCACCAAUGGCUGUGCCAAUUCAGCCUUUCGGCAACAACAUGAUGUACCCUGAUGUGGCACCUCCUGUAUUUUAUUAUCCUAAUCCACUUCCACCACCCAUGCCUUUUGGUGCACCGUUAUCCCCAAUGUAUUAUUCUGAUCCCGUGUUGAUUGCUAACAUAGUGAGCCAAAUUGAUUACUAUUUCAGUAAUGAGAACUUGGUUAGAGAUACAUACUUGAGGCGAAACAUGGACGAACAGGGCUGGGUUUCUGCUAGCUUAAUAGCUGGCUUCAAAAAGGUUUCCUCUCUGACGGAUAAUGUUCAGCUAAUAUUAGAUGUUAUGCGAACUUCAACUCUUGUGGAAGUGCAGGGUGACAAGUUACGGAGACGAAAUGAUUGGAUGAAAUGGAUAAUGCCUGCACCUGGUCAAUACUUGAAUCCAUCAAGCCCACAGGCCAAUCACGAAGAGUUGCUGUCGCAUAUUCAGAGUCUUACAUUGCCAGCUUCAACAAAUCAGGUUACUGUUGAUACCCAGUUUAGCAGGCCGAGUUCCGAGGAAUACACUGCGGGUGAGGGGACCGUUCGUGUGACUGGUCAACAGGCUGGUUUUGACCAUGCAUCAGCAGCAUGAAGCUUAUAGCAGACUCGUUUUUGAGAAGAAUGGACCUCGAGUAUGAUGAUUUGAGAGGCGCAUGGACAGACCAAAAAAAAAUAAAAAACUUAAAAAAAGCGAAAAAAGAAGAAAGACUUUAAUAAUGAAUGGAAGAAACACCAAAAGGAUAGGAUUAUUAUGACAUGAGUAAGUAUGGGUUUGUUGGAUUUAAGGAUUUGUUUUUUAUUUCUUUUGGAGCAGUGUUUUGAAUUAUCUGUCCUUUGUGGUUCUUGGUAUAUGUUUUGAGACGAUGAUACCGGGGGAGAAUUUUGUGAUUUACUUCCCCAACAUCAUAUUUCCUGCUGCUGUGGCUGCUUUUGAGGUGAUUUGGACUUGUGAUCAAAUCAUAUGGAUGAAUAUUGAUUGUGUGCUUUUAUCAA